CUGAGGCGCCCGACAGCUCGCGGUGGUCAGGUGAAGAGAGACGGACGCACGCGCAGCCGGAGAAUGGCAGACUCUACGGCGGACGCGUCGUCGCUGGCGGCGGCCAGCAGCGACGGGGAGGACGGGGGCCCCGCGGAGCCCAUGCGGGGCUUCGCGCGCCAGGGGGCCCUCCGCCAGAAGAACGUGUUCGAGGUGAAGGACCACAAGUUCAUCGCGCGCUUCUUCAAGCAGCCCACCUUCUGCAGCCACUGCACCGACUUCAUCUGGGGUUUUGGCAAGCAGGGAUUCCAGUGUCAAGUGUGUUGUUUCGUGGUGCACAAACGUUGCCAUGAGUUCGUCACGUUCUCCUGUCCCGGUGCCGAUAAAGGACCUGCGUCCGACGACCCGAGGGCGAAGCACAAGUUUAAGGUCCACACCUACUCCAGCCCGACCUUCUGCGACCACUGUGGCUCCCUGCUGUACGGCCUCCUGCACCAGGGCAUGAGAUGUGACCACUGUAUGCUGAACAUCCACAAGCGCUGCGUGGCCAACGUGCCCAGCCUGUGCGGGACGGACCACACGGAGCAGAGGGGCCGCCUGCAGAUCACCGCGGAGAUCAAGACCAACAUGCUCACCGUCACCAUCAAAGAGGGCAGGAACCUGGUCCCCAUGGACCCCAACGGUCAGUCGGACCCCUACGUGAAGCUCAAACUGAUCCCAGAUCCGCGCAGCGAGAGCAAACAGAAGACCAAGACCAUCAAGUGCUGCCUCAACCCCACCUGGAACGAGACCUUCAAAUUCCACCUGAAGGAUCACGACAAGGACCGCCGGCUGUCGGUGGAGAUCUGGGACUGGGACCUGACCAGCCGCAACGACUUCAUGGGCUCGCUGUCCUUCGGCAUCUCGGAGCUCCACAAGCUGGGAGUGGACGGAUGGUUCAAGCUGCUCUCCCAGGAAGAAGGCGAGUACUUCAACGUUCCCGUCGCUCCGGAGGGGGAGGAGGGCAAUGAGGAGCUCCGGCAGAAAUUUGAGAGAGCAAAGAUCGGACCGGGCAAGAACACGGAGGGCAAGUCGGCCAACGCCGCGUUCCGGUUCGACUCCAACGGCAACCAGGACCGCAUGAAGCUGGCCGACUUCAACUUCCUGAUGGUGCUCGGCAAAGGCAGCUUCGGCAAGGUGAUGCUGGCGGAGCGUAAGACGACGGAGGAGCUGUACGCCAUAAAGAUCCUGAAGAAGGAUGUGGUGAUCCAGGACGACGACGUGGAGUGCACCAUGGUGGAGAAGAGGGUGCUGGCGCUGGCUGGAAAGCCCCCGUUCCUCACACAGCUGCACUCCACCUUCCAGAGCAUGGACCGCUUGUAUUUUGUCAUGGAGUACAUAAACGGAGGAGAUCUCAUGUAUCAGAUCCAGCAGGUCGGCAAGUUCAAAGAGCCCCACGCUAUAUUCUAUGCAGCGGAGAUCGCCAUUGGUCUGUUCUUCCUCCAUCUAAAGGGCAUCAUCUACAGAGACCUGAAGCUGGACAACGUGAUGCUGGACUGCGAGGGACACAUCAAGAUUGCGGAUUUCGGCAUGUGUAAAGAAAAUAUGAGCGACGGAGUCACCACCAAGACCUUCUGCGGGACACCGGACUACAUCGCUCCUGAGAUCAUAGCCUACCAACCUUAUGGGAGAUCUGUGGACUGGUGGGCUUUUGGAGUACUGCUCUAUGAGAUGCUGGCUGGACAGCCUCCGUUUGACGGUGAAGACGAGGAUGAGUUAUUUCAGUCCAUUAUGGAGCACCACGUCUCCUACCCCAAGUCAAUGUCCAAGGAGGCGGUGGCUAUCUGUAAAGGGCUGAUGACGAAGCAUCCGGCGAAGCGGCUCGGCUGCGCUCCGGAGGGCGAGCGAGACAUCCGGGAGCACAGCUUCUUCCGCUACAUGGACUGGGAGAAGCUGGAGAACAAGGAGGUGCAGCCGCCCUUCAAGCCCAGAGCAUGUGGCCGGGACGCCGAGAACUUUGACCGUUUUUUCACCCGCCACCCGCCGGUGCUGACCCCCCCCGACGAGGAAGUGAUUCAGAACCUGGACCAGGACGAGUUCAUGGGCUUCUCCUUUAUCAACCCCGAGUUCCCCGGAGCUGACGCUGUCGCCUCUCCCGCCGGGAACGCUUGUUUUCUGCUCACGUGCACACACACACACACACACACACACAUAAUCCCCCACCCCCCCCUGGUAUCAACCCUGUGUCCCCUUGAUCACACACACAUAACAACUUGAAAUAUCCUGUAAACGAUUCGUAAUGUUACAGGAGCCACGAAAUCACGACUGACACACACACACACACGGUGUACACAACAACACACACACCUGUUGUUCACACUGCCUGCAACCUGCCGGCUCCUCCCGAGGGUCCACGUGUGCGUCCCAGAAACGGAUGCUUCUCUUUGUUUUUUGCUUGAAAAGUGGGAUUCAUCUCGUCGUUGCUCCCAGUGUGAACACGGUGGUUGUGUUUCGAUCACCGCACACACACACACACACACACACACACACACACACACACACCUCAUCAGAAAUAAAGAUGAGAGAUAAAAGGGGGACCCUUGAAAUCCAGACUUGAACCUGGGGACCUAAGAUGUCGUAGUAAAUGAUUUACAACCUAACUCCAGAUUAGAAGUCACGUGAAAAUGCACAUCAGCAGUUUCCACCUGUAACAUAGCGUCACAGCUUCACACUUCCUCUUCAUUACUUUAGUUUUAUUUUGGUGAAAAUGGUGUUGUUGUUGCUUUGUUAGUUUUUUUUACUCAUCCCUCGACUAGUCCAGCGCAUUCCGGAGUUGGGCCUGUUCUGCUGGUGUGUUCCUUUAAUAUCAAUGUGCAGUAACCCGCUGUCCGUACGUUAUGAUCCUUAUCUUAGCUACAACUGGAAUGUUUCACAUACUCGUGCAUGAGUUUAUCGAUAACAGCCUGGACUACGACUCCCUGCGGCAUUAUUAGCAUCUCAUCUUUGCACCGAAAAUGUACGGGAGAGCCCAAAUAUCUGAUUUUCUUGGCGUCUUAUUCGCUGUUCGGCGCUGGGGCUCAUGGUGGUAAAAUGCCGAUGGGAAAUGUAGUCUUUAUGCAGGCUUUAAGUCAGUGGAAUAGAUACUCAUAUUACUUAUACUCUCAGUUUCUGUGAUCUAGUAUAUAAGCAAUGAAAGAGACUUGCGGUUUGUUUCACUAAAGCAUGAUUCAGAUACCUGGGCAUUUGUUUACAGCGUGCACGCGUGUGAGAUGUGUGUGUGUGUGUGUGUGUGUAUGAAAAUGCACGUUUGCAUCUGUGUGUGUGUGUCGAUGCCUGCCUCCUUUGCGUUUACAUGUGUUUGCACGGUGAACGUCUGCACACCCCUCCACACAAAGCAGUAUUGGUACGAUCCGCUUCGCUUCCAAACAGUCGACUCCGCAAGUGGCUGAAGAGAAUAGAUGGAAGGAGAGACGCGAGGUAUAUUAAAGUGAAACGAUAGAAAUGGAGGAAAGUGAAAAUGCGUGGUUACAUAACGACAACUUUACAUACGUGUUUUGAAUCGUUGACGUUCGUGCAGCAGCAAAAAAUCAAGAGCCUUCGGUGGCAGGAAAGGAUUUAAGGCUCAACUCUGUAUGAUUGGCGUCUCUCAGGUGGCCAGAUUAAAGCUUGGCCUUCUAAAGCAGGAGUGUGUGUGUGUGUGUGUGUGUGUGUGUGUGUGUGUGUGUGUCGUUUUCCUUAGCUAGCGAUAAUCGUGUUGACAUGGAGGCAGGAUUGGUUCUGAAGCAGCGUUCAGAGGGCUCAGGUUACGACUCAUUAACGUGCACUAAGGAAACAAGCUUAUGAAGCUUUGUGAAGCUGAAUAAAAAAAUAUUUCCAUUGCGUGGUGUUACAAAAAAUAUAUAUAUAUAUAUAUAUAUAUACAUACAUGGAAUCUGCAAUUUGAAGGGAUUUUAUUUUGGCGGGGGACACUGGAGACGUGUGCUUCCUGACGAGUGGGGAAGAGGAAAGCUCACCCAGGUCUCCAGACCCGCUGUGACGCAUGUGUGCAUUGUGCCUUUCGAUUGGGGAUUGGGAGGAGGAGGGGGGGGGGUGUAGGUGAGACUGUUUUGGGGUGUUAACCGACACCGGGGUGAAGCUGGUCCUGCUCGUGAUCUCCAGUUUCCUCUGAAAUGAUGAGUGUGAAAGGAAAAUGCAGCUGUGCACGUGUUCAUUAUCCGCGUGGUGCAUCCAUUGUCGGUAUUUAUUACAGUCAGUGUUUCCUGUAUUGUGACGGCUACCAAUACUUAUACAUAAACGUAGUAUACCUGUGUCAAAGGGUGAUGUAUUUACACCGUGUGGUCAGUAUUGUAAAGGACGAGAGACGUCUUGCUGUUCUUUACAUUCCUUCCUGUUGAAGGAGAAGCUAAAUGAACUCUGCAUGAUAAAAAACAACAAUAUAUAUGCUUUUGUUUUACCUUUUUUUCUUAUACGAUUUAUACACAUUUGACAUAUUAGGGUGAUUCAUGUCUGCAUUGCUUCUCUGGUGGGAUCCGAGCUACUGUUGUGUGUGUGUGUGUGUGUGUGCUUUAUGAGAAAAUAAUGCAGAUACAAAAAAAGAAGAAAAAAAACUUCUCAAUGCUUUCCAUGUGCCAACAUUAUUAUUUUUUUGGUUUGUUUUCCAGGAAAAACAGGCAUAUAAUAAAGGAUUUAAAGAUG